CCGGAAGCGCUAGCGCGCCGGCGCGCCAGUGGCUGGGAGCUUUAGUCGGGGCUCUAGAGGUCGCGUAGAGCUGUGGCUGCUGCUGUGUUAGACGGCUCCCCAGCGCGAACAGCUGUCACCAUGUCGUCCGUGAGCCCCAUCCAGAUCCCCAGACGCCUCCCGCUGCUUCUCACCAACGAGGGCGUGCUCCUGCCCGGCUCCACCAUGCGCACCAGCGUAGACUCGGCCCGCAACCUGCAGCUGGUGCGGAGCCGCCUGCUUAAGGGCACUUCGCUGCAGAGUACCAUCCUGGGGGUGAUCCCCAAUACGCCCGACCCGGCCAGCGACGCGCAGGACCUGCCGCCGCUGCACAGGAUUGGGACGGCUGCCCUGGCGGUUCAGGUUGUAGGCAGUAACUGGCCCAAGCCUCACUAUACUUUGCUGAUUACAGGCCUGUGCCGUUUCCAGAUUGUACAGGUCUUAAAAGAGAAGCCAUAUCCUAUUGCUGAAGUGGAACAGUUGGACCGGCUUGAGGAAUUUCCCAACACCUGUAAAACUAGGGAGGAACUAGGAGAACUAUCAGAACAGUUUUACAAAUAUGCAGUACAAUUGGUUGAAAUGUUAGAUAUGUCUGUCCCUGCAGUUGCUAAAUUGAGACGCCUUUUAGAUAGCCUUCCAAGAGAAGCUUUACCAGAUAUUCUGACUUCAAUUAUCCGAACAAGCAACAAAGAGAAGCUUCAGAUUUUAGAUGCUGUGAGUCUAGAGGAACGGUUCAAGAUGACCAUACCGCUUCUUGUCAGACAAAUUGAAGGCCUGAAAUUGCUUCAGAAAACCAGAAAACACAAGCAAGAUGAUGAUAAGCGGGUUAUAGCAAUACGUCCUAUUAGGAGGAUUACACACAUCCCAGGAGCCUUAGAAGAUGAUGAUGAGGAUGAAGACAAUGAUGACAUUGUCAUGCUAGAGAGAAAAAUACGAACAUCCAGUAUGCCAGAGCAGGCCCAUAAGGUCUGUGUUAAAGAGAUAAAAAGACUCAAAAAAAUGCCUCAGUCAAUGCCAGAAUAUGCUCUGACUAGAAAUUAUUUAGAACUUAUGGUGGAACUUCCUUGGAACAAAAGUACAACUGACCGUCUGGAUAUUCGAGCUGCCCGGAUUCUUCUGGAUAAUGAUCAUUAUGCUAUGGAAAAACUGAAGAAGAGAGUGCUGGAAUACCUGGCUGUCAGACAGCUGAAGAACAACCUAAAGGGCCCCAUUCUUUGCUUUGUUGGCCCUCCCGGAGUUGGUAAAACAAGUGUGGGAAGAUCAGUGGCCAAAACUCUUGGUCGGGAGUUCCACAGGAUUGCACUUGGAGGAGUGUGUGAUCAGUCUGACAUUCGAGGACACAGGCGCACCUAUGUAGGCAGUAUGCCUGGUCGUAUAAUCAAUGGCUUGAAGACUGUUGGAGUUAACAAUCCAGUGUUCCUGUUAGAUGAGGUUGACAAACUAGGAAAAAGUCUACAGGGUGAUCCUGCAGCAGCUCUGCUUGAGGUGUUGGAUCCUGAACAAAACCAUAACUUCACAGAUCAUUAUCUAAAUGUGGCCUUUGACCUUUCCCAAGUUCUUUUUAUAGCUACUGCCAACACCACUGCAACUAUUCCACCUGCCUUGUUGGACAGAAUGGAAAUCAUUCAGGUUCCAGGGUAUACACAAGAGGAGAAGAUCGAGAUUGCCCACAGGCACUUGAUCCCAAAGCAACUGGAACAGCAUGGGUUGACUCCUCAGCAGAUUCAGAUCCCACAGGUUACUACUCUUGACAUCAUCACCAGGUAUACCAGAGAGGCAGGGGUUCGCUCUCUGGACAGGAAGUUUGGGGCUAUUUGCCGAGCUGUUGCUGUGAAGGUAGCAGAAGGACAACAUAAAGAAGCCAAGUUGGACCAUUCUGAUGUGGCUGAGGGAGAAGGUUGCAGAGAACACAUCUUAGAAGAUGCAAAACCUGAAUCUAUCAGCGAUACUCCGGACUUAGCCCUGCCACCUGAAAUGCCGAUUUUGAUUGAUUUCCAUGCUCUGAAAGACAUCCUUGGGCCCCCGAUGUAUGAAAUGGAGGUGUCCGAGCGGUUGAGUCAACCAGGAGUGGCAAUAGGUUUGGCUUGGACCCCCUUAGGUGGGGAAAUCAUGUUCGUGGAAGCAAGCCGAAUGGAUGGCGAAGGUCAGCUCACUCUGACCGGCCAGCUAGGGGACGUCAUGAAGGAGUCUGCCCAUCUUGCGAUCAGCUGGCUCCGCAGCAAUGCGAAGAAAUACCAUCUGACUAAUGCUUCUGGAAGUUUUGAUCUUCUUGACAACACAGACAUCCAUCUGCACUUCCCAGCUGGUGCUGUCACAAAAGAUGGACCAUCUGCUGGAGUUACCAUAGUAACCUGUCUCGCCUCGCUUUUUAGUGGGCGGCUGGUGCGUUCAGAUGUAGCCAUGACUGGAGAAAUCACACUGAGAGGUCUUGUUCUUCCAGUGGGUGGGAUUAAAGACAAAGUGCUGGCAGCACACAGAGCAGGACUGAAGCGAGUCAUUAUUCCUCAGAGGAACGAAAAAGAUCUUGAAGAAAUCCCGGGCAAUGUACGACAGGAUCUAAGUUUUGUCACAGCAAGCUGCCUGGAUGAAGUUCUUAAUGCAGCUUUUGAUGGGGGCUUUACUGUCAACACCAGACCUGGUCUCUUAAAUAGCAAAUUGUAGGCCCAAAUCCCAGCUUUUCAGAAUUUCAAGUUAUGAAGUGCCAAAAGGUACUGAAAAGUUCUUUGUUCAUGCUGGUAGAGGUAAGCAAAGUGUCCCUAAUUUGUGAACAUGAUCACAGCAGUAACAAAUCUCACUCAAGUGGUGGCUGGUGUCGAUUACAGAAAUGCUAAUUUAAUAAAGUAAUUGAUAAAAAUUGAA